AUGAGGAUAUCAAAAACAGUUGACUGGGAAGGUGCUUUAGGGGCUCACAGCAGUGAGGUGCUAGAACUCCAGAGAAGAGACACAUCAGAGGAAGAAGCCAACCCAGAGACAGGCUAUGAUCCAGAACUGGUCUCUUGGGUGGAUCGAAUUCCUGCCAGUUUCAAAGCUCACCUACCCGUUCUGCUUCCUACUGGAUUUAAAGACCAACCCAGUGUCCUGUUUUCUGUGGUUUCGGGGCUUCUUGCCAUCGUCUUCGUCACUGCUCUUCUCUUCACGCUGUGGUUCUGGAAUAAAUGGAAAAAAAAACAAGUAUCUUACUUCCGUGUCACUGUUUUCCCCUUGGUGACACUGUCUCAAUCCAGAGACCGAGCAAAAAACAUCUAUGGAUUUCUGCCCCAAAGUCAAGUAAGGCCUGGUCGACGUCACUCAAGAAAUAUUCGUAUUUUCAGUACUGAGAGUCUCAUUCCCAGAAAUUCGGACAAUCCUAACUCUGAACAUGUGUUCUCACCAACAGUACAUGUCCUCCAGUCAUGCAGAGCCAGUGUCCCUACCAUCACAUAUGAGGUUGGAAUCUAUGACAACACUGCUAUAUCUCAGGUCUGUGGGAGCUUUAUCCCUGCAGCAGACUAUGUCAAUGUUGGAGCUUCCAUAGAAAGCACAAGCACUUCUUCAGAGGAUUCCCAGGAUUAUGUCAAUGUGCCCAAUGCCGAAGAAGUUUCUAAGAAUCCAGAUGCAGUAAACUCAUUGACUGAAAAUCUCCAGGAUCCUCAAAUAUCUGAAGAGAGUAAACCCAGUGCAGGAAGAGACAGAAGCUCUAGAGGUGUUGAAGACUGCACCAGUAUUUGGGUUCUGGACAUUGAGGACAGUGAUUAUCAUGGGGAUGCAGAGGCCUCUUCUCAGUCUUCCAAUGACUAUGUAAAUGUGCCUGCAGCAGACAGUGAGGAUGAUCAGGACAGACAACCCUGGGUGACUUUUCGAGACUAUAGGGCUUAUGACAAUGUCCUAUGGGCUGAGCCUAAUGGGAAAAAGUCAAAUGAAGGGGAAGGGUUGACAUCAAUAAAUGUAGGAGACUUGCUGGUUUGGACUCCCAUUCUCCCUUUUGAUGUCCAAUAUGAAGAGCAAAGAGAGAACUCACUUGACUUCUGGGAUUAUGUGAAUAUGGAGCCAUCAGCCCAGAUUGGAAACAGCCAAGAAGAGACAUCUGGAGAAACGGAUAGUGAGGAAUCUGAUGACUAUGUAAAUGUGCCAAGUGUGAUCGAGGAGGAGAAAAUCAGUAUUGAGCAUGGACCUGGGGCAAAGGAACUGACUGCACAGGAGAAAUCUACUAGCCAGGAUGGAGAUUUCUCUAGGUUCCUUCAUAAUUUAACUUCUGUACCCACCUAGCAGGGACUGAACUCAAUGGAGGACUAAGAAAUUUUCAAUCUGAGCCAUCUAAUGAAAGAUGAAAGAGGUGUGUGACAAGUGGGCAAAAGGACCUAUGAAAAUGGUGAGGGCAGGGGAAGGAGAGCGGCAAAAGUAAGAAAGGAACUACUCUUAAGCAAUGGAACCUAGUAGAACCAGCAUAGACCUGCAAGCCAGGAAAAUGAGGGAUGAACUCUGAUUCUACCAAUUGUAUGUUCCAUUUGUAAGUUAGUUACCUCCCUGUACUUCAGUUUCAUUAUCUGCCAAAUGAGCAUAUCUAGUCCCACCUGCCUAAGAAGCAGUGUGAUACAACAGAAAGCACUAUACAUUUGGAGUCAAAGGGCUCGAGUUCAAUGCCAGCCUAAACUAAUCCCAGCAAAAUUAUACUUAGGUGUAGGCUUGGGAAAAUAACCUCUCAGGGCCUCAGUUUCCACAUCUGUAAAAUGAGGGACAGGACUAGAUGGUUUCUAAGGUCCCUACCAGUUCCAGAUCUAUAAUCCUUCCCCUCAGAGUUCCCAUGAGGAUGUUCUAAUGAUGUAAAAGCACUUUAUAAAGGAAGGGGUAAUACAAAUAUAAGGAAUGAUCAUUCCAAACCAGUGAUGUUACUAAUGCCUCUCUGAGAAAAAUCACCAUUAACAAUGCUGCUAAAAUUAUAUAUUGAAGCAGUUAAGCAUACUCCAUCAUAAAAAUGCCAACUGAUGCAGAGUGAAAUGAGUAGAACCAGGAGAACAUUGUGGAACAAUCUUAUGAGAGAGAAUGCUAACCACAUUGAGAGAAAGAACUGAGAGUAUAAAUGCAAAAGAAAAACACAUUAUAUUACCUGUCACAUGUAUAUAUGGGCAUGUGAUUUGGGGUUUAGGCUUUAAAAGAUAGCUCUAUAGCAAAAAUAUGGAUUCAUAUUGGAUAUUAAUAUGGAAAUAAGUGUCAAGUAAUAACAUUUGUAAAACCCAAUGGAAUUGCUUGUCAUCUCUGGGGAUGGGGAGGGAAGAGGAGAGGGGAAAAAAUGAAUCAUGUAUUUAAAAAUAAAAAUUAAUAAAAAAUAAAAAUG